GUUAUAACACUCCAACGAUGUACGGUGAUUAUGAAGCGCAAAGACAUUGGAUGGAACUUACGUUACAUGUUCCAAUUAAUCAAUGGUAUUACUACGAUUUAGAUUGGUGGGGUCUUGAUUAUCCUCCAUUGACAGCAUAUGUGAGCUGGAUUUGUGGUAAAAUAGGUUCUAUACUUGAUCCAACUUGGUUUGCCUUGGAUAGUUCACGUGGUUAUGAGAGUGAUGAAAGUAAAUUGUUCAUGAGAUCUACAGUCUUAGUUUGUGAAUUUUUGAUUUAUGUACCAGCGGUUUUAAUGUUUGUCAAUUGGUGGUUUGCUGGUAAUUCAUGGAAAAAGCGGGAAUUGGCAGUAUUGUUGAUUCUUUUGCAACCUGCCCUUAUACUAAUAGAUAAUGGUCAUUUCCAGAUUAUGAAGUUGGGCAUUACAGUAAUUGUUACUUUUGGAAUAGUAUUUUAUCCUUUCCUAGGAUCUUUAGAACAAAUUUCACAAGUCAUUAUUCGUAUAUUCCCAUUACAACGUGGGCUAUAUGAAGACAAAGUCGCGAAUAUUUGGUGCGCAAUUAAUGUAAUUAUCAAGUUGAGAGAAAUUUUUGAUACUAAUAUAUUGGCUAAAAUUAGCUUAAUUACCACCGUAUUGGCUAUUUUACCAUCAUGCGUUUAUCUCGGAUUAAAUCCUGAUAAACGUUACCUUAUUUAUGGUUUAGCAAAUUCAUCACUAGCUUUUUUCAUGUUUUCGUUUCAAGUCCAUGAAAAAUCUAUUUUGUUACCUGUGUUGCCUAUUUGUCUAUUAAUUUUAGAUGAUACUUUUUGGUGUUCUUGGUUUAUAAAUGUUGCAAUGUUCAGUAUGUUUCCGCUAUUGAAAAAGGAUAAAUUAGUUUUGCCAUAUUUUACUGUAUGGCUUAUGUGGAAUUGGAUUGGUUCUUUUAUUAAACAAGAUACCAAACCUAUAAUAUUAAAAUAUUUAUCGUGGCUAUCAUAUUUUGUAAUGGCAUCUAUUCAUAUUUUGGAGUUUAAUAUUCCACCACCGAAAAGAUAUCCUGAUAUUUAUGUUGUCUUAAAUGUUAUUUUUAGUGCAGGAAUGUUUACUAUAUUUUUAUUCUACUUUAAUUAUCGACAAAUCAUACCGUUCAUGGUUAAAAGAAAAGCUGAAUAA